GAGCAGGGGCUGAGCAGGCAGGCACAGCCAGGCCCUGCAGAGUCCUGGUGCUGGAUGUGACCAUGGACCCCUCUGUUCUGGGGCUGCUUACAGGGARCAUCUGGCACCGCUGUCUGUGGGGYUGGGAGCCCUCAGCGAGCCUGAAAAGCRCUGUCAAAUUCCUGGGCUCAUCCAGAAAUUCCAGGUGGGGAAAGAAAGAGCUGUCCAGGAGAACCUGAGGAGCUUUGUGCUGCAGGUGGAACCUGCUGGGGGCUGACAUCACAGAGGGACAUCCCCUGGUGACCACAGGGAGCUGUGUCUCCUUCCCUGCCCCCUCCACAGUAACAUCAUCAUGGCAGGCUUCAAGGGACACUGCAUCUUCCCUCGAAACCCCUACUACAUCCCUGGCUACGGGGGUUACGUCCCUCAGUUCAAUUUCAGGUUUGGGAACACCUAUGGCAGAAUCACCCACAAUGUGCUGACAGACCCCACGGUCAGCAAGAGCCCUCGCUCCCUGCUGGCACCCAUGGACCCCAAGGARAACCUGCUCAGGCUCCAUUACUACACCGAGCACCCAGGGUACGUCACCUACCAGCCCAUCACCAACCCUCCCGAGAUCCCGCUGGGGUCCCCCGUGGUCACCCCGGCGCUGCCGGAGCCGCUGAUGAGCCACAUGGACCCCGCGCACUGGCGGCUCCCGGGGGACGCGGCCGCGAUCGGUGCCCGGCAGAGCCUCCAGCCCCGGGAGCCGCUGCGGGGGCUCGCCCUGCACCCCGCGGCCGAGGAGAUGGAGAGAGAGGUGACCAAACCGCCCCUGGCCUGCUGCCUGGGCAGAGUSGGGGCUGGAGAGUGCAAGUGCCGCUGCAACUGCGGGGGGAAGAAAAAGUCAGUACAAAACGGAGGAGUGACACUGCCAGGAGGGGCUAUAUCAGAAUACAGACUGCCGCUGCUGCCUAUCCCAAAUACCAUCCAACAGAAAGUCAUUUUAGGCUACACUGGAUGCAUCCCCUGUGCCAUAGACAACGUGGGCAUGACCUACCUCGCAUCUGUGAGGAAAGCCAUGCAGGAAUUUGACCGACAGCAGCUUUUGCAGAGAAAUCCACCUUAUACCUUGGGCACCAGAUAUCCCCGGACACACUGGCCAGACACCAAAAUUUACARCCGUGCUGGACUCAUACCUUCCUACAUGGGCUUUGUACCACACCUGCGGGACAUUUACGGGGUAACUUAYGGGAACGGCACACGGGAAUCUUACCGCCAUGAACAGAGGAGACGGGGACGUGCACUGUGAAAACUGCUUUAAUGGUGCCUGUACAGCAUUGGGAGUGACUUGGAAACAGCAAUAAUAACACAACACAAACAGAACUUUUGAAUGAGAGAGUUCAUACAACUUUAAACAAAAUUUACAGGUGUUCAACUGCAUAGCUUUACUCAGCCUCCUCCUCAGCCUCCUCCUCAAACUCUCCCUCCUCUUCAGCUGUAGCAUCCUGGUACUGCUGGUACUCAGACACCAGGUCAUUCAUGUUGCUCUCAGCCUCUGUGAAUUCCAUUUCAUCCAUUCCUUCCCCUGUGUACCAGUGCAGGAAGGCCUUUCUGCGGAACAUCGCAGUGAACUGCUCAGAAAUGCGUUUGAACAGCUCCUGGAUGGCCGUGCUGUUGCCAAUGAAGGUGGCAGACAUUUUGAGGCCGCGAGGUGGAAUGUCACAGACUGCUGUUUUAACAUUAUUAGGGAUCCAUUCRACAAAAUAGCUGCUAUUUUUGUUCUGAACGUUUAACAUUUGCUCAUCCACCUCUUUCAUAGACAUACGGCCCCUAAAGACAGCGGCCACGGUCAGAUAGCGGCCGUGACGAGGGUCACACGCUGCCAUCAUGUUCUUGGCAUCGAACAUCUGCUGGGUGAGCUCUGGCACUGUCAGAGCCCGGUACUGCUGGCUCCCACGGCUGGUGAGYGGGGCAAACCCAGGCAUGAAAAAGUGCAGACGUGGGAAGGGAACCAUGUUCACYGCCAGCUUCCGCAGGUCAGCAUUGAGCUGGCCCGGGAACCGCAGGCAGGUGGUGACACCGCUCAUGGUGGCYGACACGAGGUGGUUCAGAUCACCGUAGGUGGGGGUCGUUAA